AAUGGCGUUGGAUUUUUAAAACGAAAUUGCUAAUUAGCAACUUUCGGGCGCAUCAUGUGGACUGUGCGUGUACUUAAAAAAAAGCUGUAAAGAAAAUGCGGUUGAAUAUUUACUCUCACCUCACAACUCAUGAUACAUUAGACGUUGUGGCAUUGCAAGACAGACAUUGACAUUGAGAAGUGACGGAAACGAAGAAUAGCGGAAAUGAGUUGUUAUUAGCUUCUAUUAGCGCGAAUCCGAACGCCUCGUGACGUCACCACGAAUCAGCUGUGACACAACAACAAUAACAAAGAGCAAGAGGCGUUGAUGGAGUAAACUCUUGCUUGUGUUGAUGUGUAUUAUAAGCGUUCCCCCUUCUCUGUGACCUCUCCUCGUGUGUAACAUGAAUCCAUCAAACCACGGACAGUGCCACAGGAGGCGGGGAUCGAGAGAUGAUCGGGAGGAGAAGGAGAAAGAGGGCGAAGGGACUGAGACAGGAUCUUCGUCGUCCCGUGACAGGAACGUUCCUCCUCCUGCGCUGACACAACAGAACCCCGCGAGUCCUACAGGAGAGCAAGGAGGAGGAGGAGGAGAAUCAAAAGGAGCGUCCGUCCCCUCGCCAAGCCCAUUUCUUCCAUCUCCCUCUGUACCCUCUCCGCCACCACCACCUCCUCCCUCUACUGCCUCUCCGUCCACCCCAGUCCAGCAGGCAGACGGUGAGAAGAACAGGCCCAGUAAAGAGUCGCAGCCACACACACCUGCUUCUUCUUUGCCUCAGAGUAGGAUGCGCAGAAGCAAGACCUCCUCACAGCCCGUGUCUGGCUCCUGGUCUGGCGUAAAUGAGAGUGAUGAUGAAUUGGAGCGGAUGGCGCAGGUCUACAGCCAGCCACCCCCGGAGAUCAAAGUCUCAGGUGCGGAGAGUAAUGGUGGAACUCGCUAUGGCUCAGUAUCCUCGACCCUUGGCAGCCUCGGUGCUGGCACUGAAUAUAACCCCCUCAACGACUCCUCCAACUCUAAUACAGCAAGGGGUGUCUUUGCCCACACGAUCACAGCUGACAGAAUACGCAGAAGGCUCAAAUUCUUCUUCAUGAACCCCAUGGAGAAGUGGCAUGCACGGCGUAGUUUCCCUGGAAGUUGUUGCUGCAAGUGUUCAAGAUUGUGUAGUGACAGCACAGACAUUCCCAGUGUUAACCCUUAUGAACUGGAUGACAUGACCAUCAUGUCAUGA